AUUUGUGUUCUGGAGUUUCAACUGUUUCAGAGUCAGUUCUUCUGUGAUAAACUUCAACUUUUCUACAAUAAGUUACCAGUAUAUUCCGUUAUGAGUGAACUGAUCUCGGUUCAGGGAUUUGGCAUCCGGGAUCCUCUUGUGACAGUCAGCUGAUCGUGUGUAGGAAAUGCUGAAGAAGCAUUAGGCUUUCCAUUCUGACAAGAGAAGUGUAUUAAUAGUAAUUUUAAUAAGUAGAAAUGGCCACAAGCCCACCCAAGAUAAAGAUGACAAUUAAUAACAAUGACAGGAUGAAAACUUGAAAACUGCCUUUGAAAGAAAGUAUGGAGAACCUCCGCAGUUCUAUGCAUGGGCACCAGGAAGAGUUAAUCUGAUAGGAGAGCAUAUUGAUUACUGUGGCUAUUCUGUACUUCCAAUGGCUAUUGAACAGAAUAUCCUUGCAGCUGUCUCAGUGAACAACUCGGGGACGAUCCAGCUGGCCAACACAAAUCCUCAAUACAAGGAUUACACUGUGUCAUGUUCAGAGGACAUUGCCAUAGACCGAGACAAUCCAAAGUGGCACUUUUACUUUCUCUGUGGAGUUAAAGGUAUUCAGGAAAAGUUCAGGAUUGCUCCGUUAGCUGGGAUGUCUUGCGUUGUUGAUGGAAUCAUUCCUCCAAGCUCCGGUCUCUCCAGUUCCAGUGCCUUAGUUUGUUGUGCCGGACUUGUGACGAUGGAAGCAAAUCAAAAGACCCUCUCUAAGGUGGCGGUUGCUGAGAUAUGUGCCAAGUGUGAACGCUACAUUGGCACAGAGGGAGGGGGCAUGGACCAGUCCAUCUCAUUCCUGGCAGAAAAAGGAACUGCGAAGCUGAUAGAGUUUCAGCCUCUUCGAGCCACCGAUGUCAAGCUCCCUAAUGGAGCUGUGUUUGUGAUUUCCAACUGCUGCGUGGAGAUGAACAAAGCGGCCUCUUCUCACUACAACAUCAGGGUUGUCGAGUGUCGAAUUGCCACAAAGAUGCUGGCGCAGGCCCGUGGUCUGGACUCCAGUCGGCUGCUGAAACUGGCCCAGGUUCAGACCGAGCUGAAGGCCUCUCUGGAGGACAUGCUGACUCUGGUGGACGAGGUGCUGCAUCCUGAGCCGUACAGCAGGGAGGAGAUCUGUAAAGUGUUGGGCAUCACCUCAGAGCAGUUUUCCACUGAGCUGCUGAGCGCGAACACUCAGCACGUGACGCACUUCAAGCUUUACCAACGAGCCAAACAUGUUUAUGGUGAAGCGGCACGGGUGCUGCAGUUUAAGAGUGUGUGUGAUUCUGAACCUGCUGAAUCCAUAACACUUCUUGGGGAUUUGAUGAACCAGAGCCAUGCAAGCUGCAGAGACCUGUACGAGUGCAGCUGCUCUGAACUGGACCAGCUGGUGCAAAUCUGCUUGAAAGCGGGGGCGGUGGGCUCCCGGCUGACAGGAGCAGGCUGGGGUGGCUGUGCGGUUUCCAUGGUUCCCAGCGAGAAGGUGGAGUCUUUCUUACAGGCUGUGAGGGAGGCCUACUACCUCCCAGAUCCCCGACGAGCAGCAUUGGAAAAAGAGAGUUUGUUUGUGUCAAAGCCAGGUGGAGGGGCUGCAAUUUUCAUCGAGGAGUGAAAGGUUUGGUAUUAAAGACUCUUGUGGGUUGUACUGGAUACAACUUGACAAGUGGUGCAUUAUUGUGAAUAAAGGGAAUCUAUGUUUUAAAUGUAACGUUAGGAUAUAACUCAGUCACUCCAUAUUCAUCCUAUCAUCGCUCUAUUUUAUUGGAUCUUGGUCUGAUACUCAAGUUUUUUUCCCCAUUCCAUUUCAAUAUAUUGUUAAGUGAAUACCACUGGUAAAUAUUCAGAUAACUACAGAGAAAUUACAGCUGAAUUAGUAAGAAAACUCAACUAAGUACAGUUUAAUUGUGUAACUGAGAUUUUGUAGUUGAAAUACUUAAAUAUUUGUUGUUAGUAGGUUCCUGUUCCCCAUCAAUGCUAAUUCACAAAUUUACAGUAAGAAGACUGGAGGGUUUUUUUUUUUUUUAAUAAUAUUUCAGCUGUAUUUGUUUCCUUAUUUACUUAUUAUUACCCAAAAAUAUACGAUAAUUUACCAUAUGUUGCCAAGUAAAAUGAAAGAUUACCUGUGAUUAUCCUUCAUUGUAAACAAAAUGUAAAAAGAAAUACACCACGCUUGUUUAAUUUGUGCUGUAUAAAAUACAUUCAUCCUUUAUUAACACUAACAUAUCAACACUGUAUUUACCAAGGACAAAAAUGACUUAAAUACACUAGACAUUUCAUUUAUAUUGAAUUAUUCUGUUGGAUGUAAACAGAUCAGGGCUUGUUCAUGUUUCAGGUUUGUCUUUAUGUUUACAGGUGUAUAAGCCACUGGGAAAUCGGGUACAAAGCUCUGAUUGUAGGAUCCAUACAGCCUAUGGUGAGAUCCCACAGUGGGCUUUAGCUUCCACACAGGAUCAAUGUCCACUUCAUUAGAAAACCCUUAACGGUACAGGAUCGCUGGUCUAAGGCACGGCUAACUGCAGCAGGGACCAGGGACCUUUAUCACAUAAAACCAGCUGUUUUUGUUACACACGGGUUUUAGGAUCAUUUUUUACUGCUCUUCUUUAUUUUUGUAGAAGUAACCUUUUAUAUAUUAGACAUUGUCAGGUCUGAUAAUGAGCAUCUGUACCUUAUUUAAUGGGGAAUUAAUUGAAAUAGUAUAUCAGAUUAAAGCCAUGCAUUCUAUUUUGACUUAUUCCCAAAGCCAGAGAUUAAUCUCAUAUUAACUAAAAGACUGGGAUUUUCUGCAACAGAAACCAUAGAAGGCACAGUACAAGGAAAACCGAUAUCAGUCAUUCUUGUACACCCUUGUCCACAAAUGUGCUUUGACAUUUUAAUGGAACAUUUGACAUUCCAGUUUGUUGAAUGGCAAAAUGUACAAUCAGUAACAUGUAAUAAUUAAAAGUUACAGU